UCCAAUUUCAGAAUCCAAAAGUUCCGUCUCCUUCUCUAUCGCCAGUUUAGCCAGCCAUUCCAUUCCAUGGCUCUUCCUCGCCAUUUAGAUCGUCACCUACAAGAAUCCAAGAAUUUCAGAGACUUUUGCGGCCAGAUUUCUCCUGAAUUAGGAUUCAACAGCUCCACGAGUCUCCAUGAUCAAUCUCAGCAUCCUCCCUUCCACGUUGCUGGUUUUGCACCGGUUGUGCAAUUCGACGGUGGCGAGUGGAACAGCUUUGGUCGGAAGAGAGUAAAGGAAAUGGACUUCCUCGAGAACAAUUCUCAGAUAUCUUCAAUUGAUUUUUGGCAAGGCCGGUCUGUCUCAACCGGGUUGGGUCUCUCACUCGAUAGUCCUCCUAUCGGUUCUUCUGACGGCUCUGCUUUGUUGCCCCUCGAUGUUGAGCGAGAGUUACAGAGGCAAGAUGCAGAAAUCGAUCGAUUUCUCAAGAUUCAGGGAGACCAACUACGCCAUGCGGUCCUCGACAAGAUCCAGAGGAGUCAAUACAAAACCGUGGCCCUCAUGGAGGAAAGAGUUGUCCAGAAGCUCCGUGAGAAAGACGAGGAACUCGAGAUGGUAAACCGAACGAACAAGGAACUCGAGCUGCGGAUUGAACAGCUGGCAAUGGAAGCUGAGGCAUGGCAACAACGUGCAAAUUACAACGAGAACAUGGUCGCUGCUCUCAACUACAAUCUGGAGCGAGCUCACGGUCGACCAAGAGAUAGCAUUGAAGGAUGUGGAGACAGCGAAGUGGAUGACACGGCUUCUUGCUUCAACCGUAGAAACGGUAAGAUGAUGUGCAGGUUUUGUGGAGUGAGGGAGGUGUGUAUGUUGUUGUUGCCAUGUAAGCAUAUGUGUUUGUGUAAGGAGUGUGAGAGGAACCUGAGCUCUUGUCCUCUGUGUCAAUCUUCCAAGUUUCUGGGGAUGGAAGUAUACAUGUGAUAUGAUAUUUUCCGUAAACUAAAAAACUCUAAUUAGCUAACGAACGCUUUUGUAAUUUGUCUUUGUUUUAUUAUGGAGUGAAUCUGUGUA